CGUGAAACAAUUGUUUUUUCCCUGUAAUGUAAUAUUAAUACUUACGACUUCCAUAAGCAAAACCUUAUAGUGUUCUAAAUAACGUUGUACUUGUCUUUGAAUAAUUUCUGUAGCACAUGUUGUAGAUGGCGUAGCAAUCGCUUUCGGUGAUUUCGGCACGAUAAACAAAACACGGUCUUGUUAGAGCGAUUUUCCGAAAAUAAUGGCAGGUUACGGUUUUUAUCCCAUGCCGGACCACAGUGGGGCCCUGGUACCCGUUAAAAGACCCAGGAAUGAACUUACUGCACACGCUGAUCAAAACAAACGUCUUAAGCUAGCGGAACUCGGACGCACAUCAAGCCUUGAAGCCCCGAUCAUGUUGCUGACAGGGCACCUGGGCGAAAUAUACUGCGGCAAGUUUCAUCCAGACGGCACGUACCUUUCAACGUGCGGGUUUGACCGGCAAAUUUUUUUUUGGAACACCCUUGGCGAAUGUGAAAAUUUUGCUGUGUUGAGCGGUCACACGGGAGCAAUUCUAGACAUGCAUUUUUCAACUGAUGGCGGUUUGAUAUUCACGGCUUCCACGGACAAAUCCCUUGGCAUCUGGGACACUAACGUAGGCGUGCGUAUCAAGCGACUUCGGGGUCACAACUCCUACGUCAACUGCUGCCAUCCAGCACGACGUGGACCACAACUCGUGUGCAGUGGUAGUGACGACAGCACGAUUAAGCUCUGGGACUCUCGUAAACGAACGCCAGUUCACAGCUUCCAAGAAAACUACCAGAUCACGGCGGUAACCUUUAACGACACUGCGGAGCAGAUCAUGUCCGGAGGCAUCGACAACCAGAUAAAGGUAUGGGACAUGCGCAAAAAUGCAGUGCUCUACAAAAUGGCCGGCCAUACCGACACUGUUACUGGGCUGUGCCUCAGUCCGGAUGGCUCCUACGUGCUUUCAAACUCCAUGGACAACACACUAAGAAUAUGGGAUGUACGUCCGUUUGCACCUCAGGAGCGAUGUGUCAAGAUCCUGCAGGGGCAUCAGCACAAUUUUGAAAAGAAUCUCCUGAGGUGUUCAUGGAGCCCUGAUGGAAGCCAGGUGGCCGCUGGGUCGGCUGACCGCUUUGUUCACGUUUGGGACACAACGUCCCGACGGGUUAUCUACAAAUUACCCGGGCACAAUGGCUCAGUAAAUGAUGUCCAGUUUCACCCAAAAGAACCCAUUAUACUCUCAGUGUCUAGCGACAAGCAAGUGUACCUCGGAGAAAUCGAGAAGUGAAGGAACUGUCGCAGAAAAUUUCCGCAUUCAUAACUAUGUACAUAAAGCAUGUGAUUUGGAUGUAUAUUAAAACACCAUCUUUCAGGGGUCA